AUGGACGAUUCUAUAAGCACUCUCGCUGAAACCGACGACUGUGGUAUUCCCCUCCGACCGACUUGGUCCGUCCACGAACUGCUAUCCUCCUACCCUAAACCGAAACUCUCAUCCACAACACUUUCACACCUGCACCGUCUCUCUGCACUGGCACCACCCGAAGAGGGCACCCCAGAACACACCAAACUAACCAGUGAGCUCGAGGACCUCGUUAAGCUUGUGGAGGCCGUCAAAUUGGUAGAUUGUAGUGAGUUGCAAACCGAACAGGAGGAAAAUAAGAUACCGGAUGGCAGAAUUCUGCCGAAGGGUGUUGGGAUUGAUUUGACUGGUGGUAGUGUUGAAGAGGUGAAGGACGGAAGAGAGUUGUUGAAGCAUGCGGCCAGGACGGAGGACGGAUUUUACGUUGUUGAUGCGGAUAGGAGACUGCCUAGGUGA